AUGGAUACUUAUAAUGUGAAAGUCGAGUCACCCAAUGUGAAAUACACCAAUGAUUACAUUGAGGCACUUUACAACUACACGACCACAAAAGUAAAAAAAGAUGGAAAUACGCUGAUUGCAGAACCUGUAUCCACUGAAUAUACGUUUCAAACGCAGACCAAGGUACCCCGGGUUGGUUUGAUGUUAGUUGGGAUGGGUGGAAACAAUGGGUCUACCCUGAUUGCCUCAAUUAUUGCCAAUAAACAUGGUAUGCAAUGGCACACCAAGACUGGGGUGCAGGAGGCCAACUAUUACGGAUCCAUCACCCAGUCCAGUACUGUGUCUCUUGGCAGUACAGACUGUGGUGAGGAGGUCUUUGUUCCCCUACAGAAGCUGCUACCCAUGGUACAUCCAAAUGACUUAAUUAUUGAUGGUUGGGAUAUUUCUUCAACAAACAUGGCUGAUGCAAUGCAACGAGCUCAGGUACUUGAUUACAACCUGCAAGUACAGAUCAGGCCCUACCUGGUCGGCAUCAGGCCUCGGCCGUCUAUCUAUAUCCCGGACUUCAUUGCAGCAAACCAGGAGGAACGAGCAGAUAAUGUCCUUACUGGCACCAAACAGAUGAUGAUGGAACAAAUAAGACGAGACAUUCAUGACUUUAAGGAAUCAAGUGGUGUGGACAAGAUCAUUGUCUUGUGGACAGCUAACACAGAACGGUUUUCUGAUGUCCAAGCUGGACUCAAUGACACAGCAGACAAUUUACUCAACAGCAUUCGAAAUAACGAAUCUGAGAUCUCACCAUCUACAUUGUUUGCUAUUGCCAGCAUUCUCGAGGGGUGUACCUACAUCAAUGGCUCACCUCAGAAUACAUUUGUCCCUGGUGUUGUCGAGUUGGCCGAGAAAAAGAAGGUUUUUAUUGGCGGUGAUGAUUUCAAAUCUGGCCAAACAAAGGUUAAAUCAGUCUUAGUAGAUUUUCUGGUCAGUGCUGGAAUCAAACCAGUCUCCGUGGUCAGCUACAACCAUUUGGGUAACAAUGAUGGGAAAAAUCUCUCAGCCCCAAAGACAUUCCGUUCAAAGGAGAUUUCUAAAAGCAAUGUCAUUGAUGACAUGGUGAAAGCCAAUCGCUUACUCUACAAGGAGAAAGAGCACCCUGAUCACUUGGUCGUCAUCAAAUAUGUCCCCUAUGUUGGAGACAGCAAGAGGGCAAUGGACGAGUACACAUCCGAAAUCAUGAUGGGUGGGCAAAAUACCCUGGUCAUCCAUAACACCUCAUGCAUUGGUCUGUCGCCUCUUAACCACAUGAUGUUGGAAUAUAAACACCAAAAGAUUAACCUUUCUCGUGAUGGUCUUCUCAUGCCAUUGUCUUCGAAGAAAGAAGCGUUAACCUCCAAGAAUGUGAUAAAGAACAAUUCCAGAGGUCAGGGAAAUAGUGACAGUGAAGGGGAAAAGUAA